AUGGCAUCAGUGGAGCGGCUGCGCAAGAACCAUGGCGUCGUCAGGGCCAGCGUCACGCGAACACUUACGCUCCUGACCGACGAACUGCAAGCCUCCGUUGCCGAUGCCGCUCAAGUGGAAUCUCACAUUGCCUACCUGAUUCAAAAGAACGCCGAGCUCGUCAACCUCAACAAGGACAUCUUCGACGCCACUGACGACGACGCUUACGAGGAAGAACUCGAGGCCGCGGAAGAUUACGACCGAAAGGUGUGUUACGCCGUGUCCCGAGCGCGGUUCUUUCUUCGAGAGGCUGCAAACAAAGCGACGGCAACGAGUACUUCAACGCCGGAGGCUACAUUACCGAACGUCGACGCCGGUGGUGCCAGCACCACAGCAAACAACGAGGUCGGUGACCCUUCACGUCGAGUAACAGAGAUGACUCCCAGUCCAGGAAUCGUGCCGCGUCAUCGCACAGUGGUCCUGCCAAAGCUACAGAUCCCUACGUCUUCCGGCGCGCUUCGCGAUUGGCAGUCCUUCUGGGACCACUUCAGCGCCACGAUACAUCUCAACGACGAACUUCUGCAGAUCGAGAAGUUCAAGUACCUGCUCUCAUAUUUCACUGGUGCAGCCAAGAGAGCAAUCGAAGGUAUUCGCCUGACCGAAGAUAAUUAUAGCAUCGCCAUCAAGACUUUGACGCAGCGGUUUGGUCGACGCGACUUGCUCAUCAACGAGCACGUUGACCACCUCCUCGCCUUGGCACCAGUCAAGUCUUCGGCAGAGGUUGAAAAACUUCGACUGCUCUUCGACAAAGUCCAGUUUCGGGUCUCCGCAUUGACCGGUUUGGGCGUGUCACCUGACCAGUACAACGUUGUCCUCAACCGCGUCCUAAUGAAGUGCCUGCCUGACGACCUCGCCAUACUCUAUCGCCAGAAGGCGAAGGAAGCGCCGCAGGAUACAUCCGGUGUCGCGACACCUGAAGAGAGAGCUCGAUAG